AUGGCUACAGUUUCGCGACCGAAGGUGGCCGCGGCCUACUUCGCGAACCGGUCGGAAAUCGUCGCCGACUGCGAUGCGAAAUUCCUUCCCGAGAGCCGCCGAUCAGAGCCGAGCGCGACCGAUCGCGCAAGCUUCGAGGAAGCUCGGAAAGAUUCGGCUUUCGGAAGCAACGCCGUUAGGAGCGCAUCGCUCCACAAGCGGCAGUGCCGCAACCUACUAAACACACGCAAACAAAAACUCAGCGUACGCAACCCUUUCCGUGCCGACAGCUGUCUCAAGACGCAGCCAUCUUCCAUGAGCACCAAAAUGGCCCCGCACACGCAGGGCGGCAACCUGACGAUCAAACAGCAAUACCAGCCCCACCAGUGGCCGUGGAACACGAGCAACAACACGAACGCAGCCACCGGCACCACUUCCGGGGCCGCCACCAACAGCAAUAACAGCCCAAACAGUAACAACAACACCGCCAUUAGCAAUAACAGCAAUAGCAACAACAACAAUCCACCUUCAGCAGGAACCAAUACUCUCACACUGACUACUCAGCAACAACAACAACAAAACACUGCCUUGACUGCGGCCGCCGCAGCCGCUUCCAUCUCGGUGACGCCCAUCAACAAACUCAAGCGGUUACAGCCGACGCAGCCCGUUUCCACCUCAGCACUGGCUGCGUCCGAACCCAGAAGCAAUAACGCCGUUGCCAACGGUGCCAAACGGAUACGGUCGACGAGCGUGGAGACCGGAACGGGAAGCAAGUCCGUUGGGACAAACACUGGCGCCGCAGCCAGUGCGUACGGGGGGCCACCCGGUCUGGUUGCGGUCGGUUCGGGCCUGAGCGCGACUGCCGCAGCCGCCACCACGAAAAAGCUCACCCAAAUGGCGAUCGUCGCCGCCAGCAACAACAUCAAUCAGCAGCAGCAACAGCAGCAGAUCUCAGCGGGGAAGAACCACGCCCACCACCACCAAACCAAGCAAAACUUCACUGCCAACGGCGACGCGGCAAACAAGAUAACAGCGGGACGUGCUGCGACGCUCAAGACGACGACCUCUUCGAUGACGUCGACGGGGGGCGAGGCGGAAGCGGAAAUUACGACGACCACGACGACGGAGUUGAUGACGACGACGGCGACGGUGCUGCAGCAGAAGAGCAUCAUCAAGACGGCCACGGUUGCCACGAGUGCGGGUUCACUCAAGAGCACCAACGCCAGCUUCGAGAAGUACCUCAAUCUGCUGCAUCAACAGCAACAACAACAGCAACAACAGCAGCAGCAGCAACAACAACAACAGGCUGCGUCCGCAGCAACCCUGAAGAAGGUCGAACGAAAGACUGCCCGGAUAGCGCCGACGGUGUCGCUUACGCGGAAGGUCGGCCAAACGACCCAGGGUGGAAGUCUCGGGGUGGGACAGCCCAAGAAACCUGUCACCAUUGCGCCGCGGACGGCCGAUCCAAAGCUGGCCAUGAACCAAACCAAGCCGGAACUCGUCAAGUCCCAGCAGCAGCAGCCGACGGUUCUGCUGACGGCGAUCCGGAUCCCGCAACAGCAGCAACAGCAAACCUCCCAAACCAACACCAACCAAAACCAGCAACAGCAAGCGCAGCAACAGUUCAAGCAAGCUGUUCAGCAGCAGCCGCAAAUCAACAGUCCUCCCAGGACACCAACCAAGCUGGGUUCCACCAUGUUCCAGUUUCACCCGCAAUCCACAGCCGUCAUGCCAAACCUCGUGCAAAUACCGAACCUCGUGCCGACGUCCUCGACCAGCAAGCUGCCAGCCGUCGUGUCCACCGCGACCAGCAGUCCCACGACCAGCAAUUUACUCAUGAAUAAUGCUGCGGCCGCCCCGCACGGCCUAACCGCAGCCCGACUGAACAACGGGACGACGCAACUCUUCAUGAACGGCGCCGUCAUCAAGCUGCACCAACUCCAGCAGCAGCAGCAACAGCUGGCGACCUCCUCGGGUCAACCGGUCACCACGACGCAGCAAACGCUGGCCAUGGAAGCGGCCGUCAACAUGAGCCUCAACGGACUGCUCGCAAAGCAAGCCAUCUCCAAUCCCCCAGGCUCACACCGGCAAGGCUACGUACGCCCUGCAGACGCAGCCAGCUCAGCUGUUCCAGCAGGCAAGCGCCGCACAGACUGCGUUCGCUCCCCAGCAGCUGAUCAUGACCCCGGCCGGAGGCUUCCUGCUGAACGCAGCCAGUUUGCCAACCAUGCUGAACGCAGCCAGUCUGCAGCAAGCACUGGCCCAGGCCAACAUCCCCGCUCUCCAUCCCCUGCAACCCAGUCAACCUCAACCGCCAACGCAGCAGUUACCAAAUAUCACGCCAUCCUGCAACAGCAGCAGCAGCAACAGCAACAAGCGCAGUCAAACUUUCACCAACUCCUGGCCAACAUCCCGCAGGCACUGCUUCAGAACCUGCAGGCCACUGCCAAGCUCGGCCAGGGACCGCAGUUCGUUCCUAUCUCGUCCCAUCUGUUCUUGAACCAGUCGACGGCGCCGCCCACGUUCACCACUAGUCCCAUCACGAUCUCAACCUCGACGCUGCCGUCCGGAUCGACCACGAUGGCCCAGCCGCUGUCCCCGCCACCGCUCGUGGCAACCGUGCCGACCUACUCCACCACCAGCAAGCCCAUCAUGAACACGCUGAGCAGCCAGAAGAUCAUUAUCGCGUCGUCUGGAACUGCGCCUCCAAUUGCCAAGCCGCCACCUCCCAUCAAACCCAUCUCCAGCAGUGAACCUCCCAAACUGGUCCCCGUUCAGCUGAACAAACCCUCGAUCUCGAUCACCCCCGUGAUGUCGACGAAUCCCCCAAAACUGGUCCCACCAGUGUCCACAGUUCCCGUCCCCAAACUGGUCCUCUCCGCAUCGGUAGCCGCCAAAGCCACCUCAAACAAACCAAACCUGCCGGUCCCGGCGUUGGCGCCCGCGUCACACCACCCUCAACCGAUCCCCUCCCCCCGAAUCAUCGACAACAAGUCCCCGCCUGCCCUCAACCCACUCACCCUGGACUGCUGCGGCAGCAGCAACGACUCCGGCAUCGUCGCCAACUCCAGCGACUCCGAGGACAAGUCGCUCGCCAUCGAUCUCUGCUCGCCCGGAACUCCGGACUCGGGAAGCCCCCAGAAAAAGGACGACGACUCCUCCCAGAAGGCCCCCUCUAGUCCUUCGCCACCACCAACUCCGGAAACGGAACCGGCUUCACCCUCAACAGAAGAGCAGCCACCUUCCCCACCAACUCCUCCUCCGGCGCCGGAACCAGAGCUCCCUCCACUGCUGCCACUUGUGUCGACCGUCGAGAAACCUCUACCUCCCAGCCAAACGUCCCCGAAGAGUCUGGUCCUGGAGCUGAUCAAAUCCAAGCUGGACGAGGAACCACCCCAGGAAUCGAUGUCCGCCUCCUCCGACCAGGACUCCACCAACCUCAACAGCCCGCUGGACGAUCAGCAACCACCCUCAUCAUCCGGCUCGGCUCCCUCCGAAUCUCAGCGCUCAACCACCCCGAUCGAACUGCAAUCACCGCCCAGCAUCGAGACGGACUUCCUGAACGUUCCACCCAUGCCGGAUUGCGCCAAAAGCCCAAUCCUCUCCCAGCCCAAGACGAUCCGCUUCCCGGCGCUGAACGGCGCCCACCACAAGUUUGGCCGCAAGGGCUUCCGCCGACUGUCGGACGGUCGCCUCUUUGGCGUGUGCUACUGGAGCGAGUGCAACGCCCAGUUCGACACCAGCUGGCACCUGCAGGACCACCUGCAGAUCCAGCACGUCAACAGCCAGUCCGGCCCGUUCGUGUGCCUCUGGGACGGCUGCAAGGUGUACAACAAGGAGUCGUGCAGCCGCAAGUGGCUGGACCGGCACGUGCAGUCCCACGGCGGCACCAAGUCCCACAAGUGCAUCGUUCCCGGCUGCGGCAUGCGGUUCGGUUCGCAGCUGGCCCUGGAGAAGCACGUCAACAACCACUUUACCAACUCGGACAACGCCGCGUCGGGCAAGCGCUCGUCGGAUCUGCCACUGCCUAAGGUUUUGAGGAAAACGGGCAAAAAGCUGCGCUUCAGGCGCCAACCCUGGUCCGCUCGUCGGUUCGACUUUUUCGACAUCGGCGUGAUGGAGGGUCUGCAGCACCGGCUGAUCCUGGCGGGCAGCGUGGCCAGCGCACGCUACGGCACGGUUAGCUUCCAGGGCCAGGCGGCGGGACGGCGCGUAACGGGCGACGGAACGGUGGAGGUGUUUGUCAAGUGGCACCCGCGGGAUGUCAUCUCCGACGACUGGAUCCCCGAAGCCGAGGUCUCCCUCACCAAGGAUGUCUCGAUCGCCGAGCUAAACCCGGACCAGCGCUUCGAGCUGGAGAGCCAGCUCAGCACCAACCGGAAGGCCAACGCCGAGCUGCUAUCCUGCAUCAGCGAACUCAACGCGAAGCUUGCGGCGGUCGCCGCCCAGCAGGACUCGACACCCUGCAGCAGUGGCAGCAGCAGUGCCAGCUCGUCCAGCGGAUGCUGCAGCGGCAGUAGCAGUUCGAUCUCGACGCCGAUUCCGUUCAACUCGCGGACGAGUCCGAAAAAGUUCCGGAAACCGCCAAAGGAACCGGCGUCGGCCACGCCAACCCUCUCUUCCGGACUGUCCUCGUCGGCGUCCUCGCUACUGUCCAGCGGAUGUGGAUCUUCCUCGAGCAGCAGUAGCAGCAGCGUUUCCUCGACGACGUCCUGACCCGUGCCAAAGACGCCGGCGGCUUCCGGUUCACGUCCGAAACUGCCGCUGGCCACGCGACUCUUGGCCGGAUCGUUGGCCCAGAAGCGCACCCGGAAGGCGCUCAACUGCAUCCGGCGCCGGAACGCCCGGCAGCAGCAGCAACAACAAGGUGGACUCUAAAGUAUGAAUUUUUGAACAAGUAUUGUACAGCGCUCUUUGUGGAUGUGUUUACUUCGUCGUCGUCGUCGCCGUAGCGCCAUUUCAAGUUAAUGAUUUCGUCGUUGGACCUUCUUCCGUCUGUUUAUUUUAAACAAUUUUAAAUAUUUUAGUUUGUUUCCUGUAAGAGCGGCAAAGUGAUUAGUGCUAGGAGUUUAGUUAGGUUUCGUGUCUAGAGAAUUUUUCUGUGCGUGUCGCGCAAUGCGCGAAUAUUUAAAACAAAUCAUUAAUUUUACUUCAUUAGUAAAGUGAAAGAGAAUGUUAAAUUAAGGACGAGCGCAGAGAAAGUGCAAAUUUGCACUUAUUUUAGAGUAAUUUAUUGUUUAAAUUCAGACACACACAAAUUUCGUAAAUCAAGUGAGAGAGCCUCCAGGCAAAAUUGUGAGAAGAAAGUAGCGCGAACAAACUUUUUCGUUGAUCUCAAUAUUUAAAAUUAAACAGCAAAAUCGGUAAAUUAUAAAUUUGUAGGGGUAAGAGACGAAGGGUAUCGUGUUAGGGAAAAAAACGUCUUCAAACCAACUUUGGGCAAACGGUGUUGAACCGACUUGUCGGUUGGAUUUCAGGGUUGCAGAACGAAUGAAUUUCUGUUUCUUUUAAUAUUCUUGACG